AGCAGAACACUGCGCGUCACUAUGAAAUGCAGUCGCGGCAAUCUGUGAGCACAGAGGGAAGAUGCCCGGGGGCCACACAGCGGGGAGGCUAUGGAAUCUGCCCCCACUAUGAUCCUCGGCUGCCCAAACUUUACCCAACGCCCUGCCUACAGCUGCCGGCCGGGGGCUGAGCGCAACAGUUGUACUUGCUCAAGUAGUGCUCUUCCCUGUGCCCCUCCGCUCCUUGCCCUCCCCUAGCCCAGCAUGAAAGUGUUCCGCAGGAAGGCGCUGAUCCUGUGCCUCGGCUACAUCCUGCUGCUGGUACUGACUAUGCUCAACCUCAUGGACAAAUGGCACAAGGAGCCCCAGCAGUGCAACGAGCAAGUGCGCUACACCCCCUACCAAACCCGCUCCGAUAUCCGCUAUCUCUACCGGACCACCCCGCCCAAGAAAAGGCAACUGGUCUAUGUGUUUACAACGUGGAGGUCGGGCUCGUCCUUCUUUGGGGAGCUCUUCAACCAGAACCCCGAAGUGUUUUUCCUGUACGAGCCCGUGUGGCACGUCUGGCAGAAGCUGUACCCGGGAGAUGCCAUGUCUCUGCAGGGGGCGGCAAGGGACCUGCUCAGCGCCCUCUACCGGUGCGACCUGUCCGCCCUGCAGCUCUACAACACGGCGGGGGCAAAGAACAUCAGCACCCUGGGCAUCUUCGGCUCCUCCACCAACAAGGUCAUCUGCUCGGCGCCUCUCUGCUCCGCUUACAGGAAGGACAUGGUGGGGCUGGUGGAUGACAAAGUGUGCAAGAAGUGCCCUCCCCAGAGCCUCAGCCUGCUAGAGGAAGAGUGCCACAAGUACAACACCAUCGUCAUUAAAGGGGUGAGGAUAUUUGACAUUAACGUAUUGGCCCCCCUCAUGGAAGACCCCUCCUUGAACUUGAAGGUCAUUCAUUUAGUUAGGGACCCCCGUGCAGUGGCCAACUCCCGUAUUAAGUCCAGACACGGCUUGAUAAGGGAGAGCCUGCAGGUGGUGCGCAGCAGGGACCCCAGAAUCCGCAGGGUCCCCUUCAUAGACCCUGGGCACAAACUUAACAAAAAGGACGGCUCAGACUAUCAUGCCAUAGGGGCUAUGGAGGUGAUCUGCAGCAGCAUGGGGAAGACCCUCAGGACUGCUUUAAACCCACCAAGCUGGCUCAAGGAUAACUACAUGGUGGUUAGGUAUGAGGAUCUGGUGGUGGAUCCAGUUAAGACUUUAAGGCAAGUGUAUGGCUUUGUAAACCUUUCCGUAAGUCCAGAUAUAGAGAGGUUCUGUCUGAACAUGACCAGUGGUCCGGGCUACUCAUCCAAACCUUUUGUGGUGUCUGCUCGCAAUGCCACCCAGGCUGUAAGUGCAUGGAGGACACUGCUCACCUAUCUACAGGUCAGGCAGGUGGAAGAGUUUUGUCAGAUCCCCAUGGAUAUUUUAGGCUAUGAUAUAGUGAAAAACCAAGAAGAGGUGAAAGAUCUCAGCAAGACAUUGCUUAGGAAGCCCCUGCUAUAAAGAGUCUCUAAGGAAUUUCAUGGGUCAAGGGACACAUUGCCUGAAACUAAACCAGAUAUUACAAGUAACUGUUACCCAAGCUCUGAGUCUAAAAAGUUUUCAUUUUGUCCAUAGAAUUUUCUUCUGGUACUUUUAUCUGUUGUGGGCCCUGCAGUGGAUCUGUUUGGUUUCCAUAAUAAUUACCUUCGAAAUCUCAUGAUAGUGGUAUGUUGCUGAAAACACACAAGCUGGGAACUUGGCAGUCAUAUAUUAGCUAACCCAAACAUGCGCACACAGUGUGAGAUCUGCAGCCAUACCAUCCUGGGGCUAAGCAAAGGCAUUAAUGUGUAUUUCUGCACUGCAACAUGCCCCGAUAGGCUGCAUAGUGUAUGGGUCAGUGGCUUCUCUAUGUAUACUGCUGAAUAGUCUGGGUAUAAUUGGCCUAAAACAGCCUUAGGGAAGAGGUACAACAAAUAUCCAGAUAACUGUUUACAAAGCUGACCAGUCAUUACUGCCCUUGUUUUACCAGUUCACAUGGCAUGAACCCUCCAGUGACCCAUAUACACUGUAAAGUAUGCCCUAUGGGAGAAAUCCUAACUGUCACAAGUGCUGGUAAUAAAACUGUAAUUUAUGUUCA